GCAUGACUUGCAGGCUGCUCAGAACAGCUGCGCACUGGUCACCCUUCAGUCCAGCUGACACACACAGUGGCACGCACACGCCCCUGUCUUCUUUCUCCGGACUUUCUGGACAUUCUAGUCAACGUUUCGCCAUGGCACCCGAACCACAAGCUGACAUUGCCCUGAUUGGUCUGGCUGUGAUGGGCCAGAACCUGAUCUUGAACAUGAAUGACCAUGGCUUUGUGGUCUGCGCCUUCAACCGUACUGUCUCCAAAGUGGACGACUUCCUGGCAAAGGAGGCAAAGGGUACGAAGGUCGUCGGAGCCCGCUCCAUGGAGGAGAUGGUUGGGAUGCUGAAGAAGCCGAGGCGAGUCAUGAUGCUGGUCAAGGCUGGCUCAGCUGUGGACGCCUUCAUCGACAAACUGGUGCCCCUGCUGGAGAAGGGUGACAUCAUCAUCGAUGGUGGAAACUCAGAGUACACAGACUCAAGGAGAAGGUGUGCAGCUCUGAAGGAGAAGGGUCUUCACUUUGUGGGCAGUGGUGUGAGCGGGGGUGAGGAGGGGGCGAGGUAUGGCCCGUCCCUCAUGCCGGGGGGAUCUCCUGAAGCCUGGCCACACAUCAAACCAAUCUUCCAGAGUGUUGCAGCCAAGGUUGGCGACGAGCCUUGCUGUGAUUGGGUAGGAGAAGACGGUGCGGGCCACUUUGUUAAGAUGGUUCACAACGGGAUUGAGUACGGAGAUAUGCAGCUGAUCUGUGAGGCGUAUCAUCUCAUGAAGGAUGUGCUGAAGAUGGACAACGAUGAGAUGAGCGCGGUGUUCACUGAAUGGAAUAAGAGUGAGUUGGACUCCUUCCUGAUUGAGAUCUCAGCCAACAUCCUGAAGUUCCGUGAUGAUGAUGGGAAACACCUGCUGGACAAGAUCAGGGAUGCCGCUGGACAGAAAGGAACAGGGAAAUGGACGGCUAUCUCUGCACUGGACUAUGGCAUGCCGGUCACUCUGAUUGGUGAGGCUGUGUUUGCCCGUUGCCUGUCCUCCCUACAACAGGAGCGUGUGGACGCCAGCAAACAGCUACCAGCACCUGAGGGGCCCAAGUUCAAAAUAGACAAGCCUGCCUUUGUGGAACAGAUCAGAAAGGCCCUGUACGCCUCCAAGAUUGUUUCCUACGCGCAGGGCUUUAUGCUUCUCCGAGAGGCAGCGCGUCAGUUCAACUGGAACCUGAACUACGGAGGUAUCGCACUGAUGUGGAGGGGUGGAUGUAUCAUCAGGAGCCGUUUCCUUGGAAACAUCAAGGAAGCUUUCGUAAAGAACCCCAACCUGAACAACCUGCUGCUGGAUGACUUCUUUAAGGCAGAGAUUGCCAAGUGCCAGGAGUCCUGGAGGCAAGUGGUGUCCAUGGCGGUGACUGCAGGAGUGCCUGUCCCAGCGUUCAGCACAGCACUGGCUUUCUAUGAUGGCUACAGGGCUGCCCGUCUGCCUGCCAACCUUAUCCAGGCCCAGCGAGACUACUUUGGAGCCCACACCUAUGAACUGUUGGACUCCCCAGGCAAGUUUCAACACACCAACUGGACAGGCACUGGAGGAGAUGUGUCAGCGGGCACCUAUAAUGCUUAGCCAAGUCAUCAGGCACUUCAUAAGGACACUGCAAAGGACACCAGUAUAUUAGCAGUACACAUAAAU